AUGCCCCCUCAGGUCAUACGGAUUUUAUAUGUCUUGUCUUAUUUCUUUUUCCAAGGGGGCUUUAUCAGACUUGGCUCCUGUAAAGAGGAGAUAAAGUCUUCUAGUAGGCCAGCCCAAAAGCCUAUGUCCCCAUCUGACUUUCUGGACAAGUUGAUGGGAAGAACCUCCGGCUAUGAUGCUCGCAUCAGACCUAACUUCAAAGGGCCACCAGUAAAUGUCACCUGUAACAUUUUCAUCAACAGUUUUGGGUCCAUUACUGAAACAACAAUGGAUUACAGACUUAACGUGUUUCUACGGCAGCAGUGGAAUGAUCCUCGAUUGGCCUAUAGUGAAUAUCCCGAUGCAUCACUAGACCUGGACCCUUCUAUGCUGGACUCUAUAUGGAAACCUGAUCUGUUCUUUGCUAAUGAGAAAGGUGCAAACUUCCAUGAAGUCACAACAGACAACAAGCUACUGAGGAUCUUUCAGGAUGGGAAUGUUUUAUACAGCAUUAGGCUAACACUCAUCCUGUCCUGUCCCAUGGACUUGAAGAAUUUCCCAAUGGAUAUUCAGACCUGUACCAUGCAGCUAGAAAGCUUUGGCUACACCAUGAAUGAUCUAAUCUUCGAGUGGCUUUCUGAUAGCCCUGUGCAGGUAGCGGAUGACUUGACUCUUCCCCAGUUUUUACUGAAGGAGGAAAAAGAUCUUGGCUACUGCACCAAACACUACAACACAGGUAAAUUCACCUGUAUUGAGGUGAAGUUUCACUUAGAGAGACAGAUGGGCUAUUAUCUUAUUCAGAUGUACAUCCCCAGCCUGCUGAUUGUCAUCCUGUCUUGGGUGUCUUUCUGGAUCAACAUGGAUGCUGCCCCUGCUCGAGUGGGCUUGGGUAUUACCACUGUGCUGACCAUGACCACCCAGAGCUCAGGCUCACGAGCCUCUCUACCCAAGGUUUCCUACGUGAAGGCCAUUGACAUCUGGAUGGCUGUCUGUCUGUUGUUUGUGUUUGCGGCACUGUUGGAGUACGCAGCAGUCAACUUUGUCUCAAGGCAACAUAAGGAGCUCAUCAGGCUGCGCAAGAAGCAACGAAGGCAGAGAAUAUAUCAAGCAAGUGAGCCUGGAAGCAUCGACUCGCAACGGAAAGUGAACGAGCUCCCUGGCAACAGCACGAGCUUCAGCAAACUCAACCAGCACUGCAACACCUGCGCCAGGGAGGAGGAGUUUGUUCGGGAAAGCAGGGGCUUUUACUUCCGUGGGUAUGGACUGGGCCAUUGCCUACAAGCAAAAGAUGGGACAACUGUGGAAGGGUCCAACGUGUUCACCCCACCACCCCCUGUGCAUGUUUUGUACGAUGGUGAGGCCGUCCGGAAACGCUUUGUGGACCGAGCCAAACGCAUUGAUACCAUAUCCAGAGCAGUGUUUCCUCUCAGCUUCCUUAUAUUCAACAUCUUCUACUGGAUCACCUACAAAGUGCUGCGACACGAGGACAUCCAUGCCAACCUGUAAUCAGUCCAUCUCUCCUGGUUACGCCACUUAU